AUGUUAUCAAAACGCCGAGAAGAUCUCAAUGACUUACAAAGCUUCCUAUCUAGUUGUGACAAGGAAGUGACCAUGAUUCUUCAAAGCUUACAAUGGGAUAGAAAUAAUUUAAAUACAGAUCAGGUUAUGAAGACUUGCAUGCACAAUGAUGGUCAUAGAUUACCUGCUAAUAAGAAAAGAGAACAUGAAAGUAAAUGUUGUUUAAAAAUUCAAGGAUAUGGAGAAGAAGAUGUCAUGUUUCAAGAGCCAUUUGACUGCAAUGCUGAUACAGUUGUCAAACUUAGUACAAAUAAAAUUAAAAAUAUUAUAGAAGAAGCGGCAAAAACAGAACCCAACUUUCGAAAGGGCAACGGAUGGGAUGGGCCACCUCCGCUUACACUGGAUAGAUUACAAUCGAUAUAUACAUCAGAUGAGCGUCGUGCUAUUUAUGAUGCUGUUGUAGCUGCUGUUCCUACCUGUCAUAAUCUUGCUGAUUUAGCGUUGCAAGGCACAGAUGCAUUAACAACAGGAGCAAAAACUAAAAGCCGCCUGGAAAUACUAUCAGAGCUGCGUGAUAUGAGACGGCGUCGUACCAAGUAUCGCGUUGCUGCAAAGACAAAAAACUAUUCAGAUGUACUAAGAGAAGUCAUCACGACCCAAAUGGAAUUUUACACUGACACGCAAGAUCAACGCAAACCACAGAAUUAUGGUAUAAAGGAAAUGCAACAUUUUAAAAAUAUUAAAAGAGAAAAGAGUUUAUCAGAAGACAAAUGUUUAGAGAAAGAUGAUAGAAAAAUUGAUAAAGAGUUUAACAGCAGUGAUGAGUAUCAAUGGCGUCAUGCUAGACAAGGUAAGGAUGUCAGAAAGAAACAAACUGACUAUAACUAUGGUUAUAGUUGUAGAUAUCAAGAAAAUUUAACUGAAAGAUAUUCCAAAACUACUAAAACCAAUUCCAAAGAAUACCAGGGUAGAAAAAAUUACAAGAGCUCGUAUUAUGAUUGUAACAACCAGGAAAAACGGGAAACUGAAAAAUAUGAUACUUAUAAAAGAGAUACCAGCAGAAAUGAGAGAAGGGAUAGACAUCAACAUGAGAAACCUAAAAGUGGUGAGAGCUAUAGAAAAUAUGACAUAGAUCACAGAGCUGAUAAAUACUCUAAUAGAAGUAAGAGCUAUUACAGAAAAGAACAGAAAGAUCAAGAUCCUAACACAAAAAGAAUUAGCGUUAAGAAGUGUGAAUCUUCUGAACAUGGACUUAGGGGCACGGGGCAGAAGGGGCAAACAAAACUUCACACGCCUGACUUCGCAAACGGGCAAGUCGCCCCGCAGUGUGGACGGGGCUCCGUAGACGAUUGA